AUGGGCCUGCUACCACCGCUGUUCAUCAUCCUUGCCGUAACAAGCUUCUGUUCAGCCGGGGCUGUCGCGAUCGUCCACGACAAGGUGCAGCCAUUUGCCCAACCCGCGCCGGUCACCAUCUCCGAGAAGGUUGCCGUCAAGUUCAAGCCGAGUCUCGCCAUUCGUGAAACGUGCCACCCGUACCCUGCCGUCAAUGCCGCCGGCGAGACGAGCAGAGGGCUCAAAGGGGAGGGUAAACCCGAGAGUAAAUGCAGGGGGUCGGAGCUGGGGUCGCAAGUGUACGGCCGAGCUACUUGGCACAAGGGCAUGUGGGCCAUCAUGUACGCGUGGUACUUCCCCAAGGACAGCGUAUCGAAAUUUGGCCAACGACACAAAUGGAAUGCCGCGGUCGUGUGGCUGGACAACCCUGCAAUUGUGAAGCCCGAGAUACUCGCUGUAUCUGCAAUUGGUGUGAAUGGGGUAUACGACAUCAGAACGAUCAGCGGCCCACCACGUUGCUAUAAGACACGAAGCUCGGAGUGGUGUGAACCAGCUCUUGUCGACUGUAUCAACGGCACGACUCCUAUGCUCAGAUACAUACCGGGUAAAAUUGCUAGCGGCCUGAUGACGACUACGAAUAGGGGUCGUGGAGAAUUCCAGGACCUCAUUAUGUGGGAGCAGUUGACUGAAGCAGCGCGGAGCGCUCUGACAGCGGCAGACUUUGGAGCUCCCUUUGUCGACGAAGCUUUUAAGUCGAACCUAGACUCCGCCCGUCCGUCCUUAUAG